AUGUGUCAUUUGAUUGCGAUUGUUUUGCUCUAUUUUGCCUAUAUUGGUCAUAGUGAGGUUAGUAAAACUGGGAAACGGUUUGAGAGAUCAUUUUGUUUCAAAAAUAGGUCAAACAUUUUAUGGAUCGGUAUUAGGUCAUCAGUUCAAGCUUUAUAAUCAGGAUUUUGAACCAAUAAUCUUUUGUUUGAAAAAUUCUGGGCUAGAAUCGCAAAAAAAAUGAGCAGCAGAUGUAUAAACGUUAUUCCAGGGUUUAUCAAAAAUCAACAUCGAGCUCAAACCCUACGAAUUUCAAUAUGUAAGUUACCCUUACUCAAAAUUUCCUUAACAUCCAUACAAAAAUUAAUUUCAGGUAGAUAAUACUAAUCCCGCUAUCCCUGACAAUUCUUUGAAAUAUGAAACUGGAUCAUUUAUCACCGAGGUGAAAUUUCCUUUUUCAAAAAAAAGCUAGCGAAAUUUUUUAGGCUUCUGAUUCUACAGCUCCAAUAAAACCAAUGAAACCCAAGAAAACAAGGAGGAAAAAGAAAAAGAAGAAGGUUUUGAAAAUGAAGAAACCCAAGAGGAUGAACUUGAGAAGGGUUUUUAAGACAAGUCAGUUCAUUCAGGAUUCUGGGAAAUCUAAAACAAAACGUAUAUUUUCAGGAAUAAUAUCAACGACAGUUCCAAGUAUUCAAAUAGAAGAAGUUCGAGAAGAAGAAAAACAAACUAAUGAAAAUGUUAUAAAUCUAGCGGUAAUAUUAAUUUUUCUAUUUUAUAUUUUAAAUAGAAUAAAAUAAAAUAAAUCUGAAAUUUUCAGCCAAUUUAUGACCGUGACACUGGAAUGUCGUAUCAACCAGAAGAACUCGAUAAAAUCUGCGCCGAAACUGUACAAAUUUCGAGAAAUUUUGGAAUUCGAGACAUUGAAAGUUUUGCCAAAAAUAAUUGUUUUCUAAUAAGAAUGUAUUAUACAAAUGUUACUUGUUCACAAAUCAAUCAAUUGGUUGAAUAUUGUAUAGCAAAUGGUUUAAUGAAUGGUUAA